AAGCCUUUGUCUGCUUUUGGUAGAGGUACUAUAUUAGCUUUGAUUCUCUGUUAUCUGUUUUGUUCUGUUUCGCGUGUAAGUUCCUCUGCUACUUCAUCUCUUUCCAAAGGAACUUAAACAAUGAAGAAUGCAAAGGGCAAGGGAACAUUGAAGAACAUAAAAGAAACACUCAAGCCCGUUGAUGACAGAAAGGUUGGAAAGCGCAAGGCUUCUUAUAAGCCUGACAAGAGUAGUGCGCGAAAGCCAGAGAAGGAGAAGAAGGCGAAGAAAGAUCCUAACAAGCCAAAAAGACCACCCAGUGCUUUCUUUGUGUUCCUUGAGGAGUUCAGAAAGACCUUUAAGGCAGAUAAUCCUGGUGUAAAGGCCGUAUCAGCGGUUGCGAAAGCUGGAGGAGAGAAAUGGAAAUCCUUGACUGCUGCUGAGAAAGCUCCAUAUGAAGCCAAGGCUGCAAAAAGGAAAGCUGAGUAUGAAAAACUUAUGAAUGCUUAUAAUAAAAAGCAGCAAAGCUCCGCAGAUGAUGAAUCCGACAAGUCCAAAUCUGAAGUAAACGAUGAAGAUGAUGAAGCCAGUGGAGAGGAGGACCACCAUGACGAUGAUGACGAUGAUGAGGACGACGAAGAAGAUGAUGAUGAGGACGACGAAUGAGAUCGGUGCUCAAAACUUUGGUUAUGAUGUUUGAUUGCUGAGGGAGGUUAUUAUAUAUUCUGAUUCUGCAUACUAGGGUACUUUUUUUAUGUUUGUGCUGGUAGAUAAGACAGAAUAUGUCUUCUUUGCUUGCAUGAUAUAUUGCCAGCUACUUGAGCUUCCCUCAGUUAUUGUACUUGAAUUUCCCUUUGUUCAUUCUAGCCUUAAAUGGGUUGGUUUUAAGUA